AUGGUCGAUGGCAAGCAGACAAGCCUGGCCGAGUUGGGCUUCGACUGGAUCAGUAUGGAUGAUGGCUGGCAGCAUUGCAAUUGUAGUGUGCGCCAGGACCUGGAUCCAACACUGCCGCCAUGCGAUGGCAACCUUUGCUUUGGUGGACACUGCUCGUGGCACGAUAGCAGGGGAAUGCCAACUGUGCGGAAAGAUCGCUUCCCAGACAUGAAAGCACUGGUCAACUUCGGGCAUGCACGAGGUCUUAAAGUUGGAACCUAUCUCAACAAUUGCAUCUGCAAUGAGCAUGGCCCGACGCACUAUUCUCAAGAUGUUGGCUGGAUGGUGGAUCAGAUGGGCUUCGAUGGAGUGAAAAUAGACAGCUGCGGAAGCUCGCAAAAUGUUUCUCAUUGGGCGGAGCUCUUCAAUCAGACCGGCAAGCCCAUUCGCAUUGAGAAUUGCCACAACUCUUGGCCGGACUUCGACACGGGCUUCUGUCCCAUGAAUUUCUUUCGCACAGGAGGCGACAUCAGCCCCAGCAUCUCUUCGAUUGUAGAGGAGGCGUAUGCGACGAUCAACGCCGCCGACCUCCCGGAGCCACGUUCUCGGCCAGGCUGCUGGGCAUAUCCAGACAUGAGCGAGGUGGGUAACUUCCCACCGGGACCGCACCAGCUAGACCAAGAGCAAACACAUUGGGGGCUUUGGUGCAUCUUAUCAUCGCCCUUGAUUCUGGGCUUCGACCUGCAGAACGGAGCCACGAUGGAUAGGGUGUGGAACAUCAUCACAAACAGGGACGCUUUGGCCGUUUCAGCUGCCUGGUAUGGCCACCCUGGUACUCUGAUCAGAGCCUACCCAUCUACUUCCUCAAAGAUGCAAGUUGUGCUGGACAGCUGCGACGGCAGUCCCGCCACAAUCGGAUGGCAGAUUGACGACGGACGCUUGAUCGCUCCGAAGGCAUUCAUGCCAGCAGCACUGUGCUUACGUUCGGAGAGCAUGCCCUGCCCUCCGCCAACAACAUAUUCCGAUGGCGCCCGUUGCGGUUUAGCCCUGGGAAAUUGCAGUGAGCUACCCCCAGGAAGCCAUUGGAAUGUGGUGCAGGGCACGAUUCAGUGGUGGGAUGGUCACCGAACCACCACCAAACCACGUUGCUUGUACACCAGCCCAGAAGAUUUCAAUACAUCGGCCGGCUAUUUUAUUCGGAAAGCUCGCACACUUGGGCUGACAGAGUGUCCGGGGCAGUCAUGGCUUUCACGAGAAGGUCUGGAGAAAGAGUGGCCAGAUGGCCCCAAGCAAUGCUACUUCAAGAGCCUGGUCCAGGAGUCUCGCAUUGCCUCUGGCACCUAUGGGCAGCUCCACUCUGCAUCUUCCGAUCUCAACUUCACGUUAACAUCUCGCAGCGAGUUGAAAUCGAAGGAUGGCUGCUUGCGGACUGCCCACAGCAGUGGUAUACAACUCUGGGCCAAGCCACUGGACCUGUCAGCCGUGGCGGUGCUCUUGGUCAAUCCUUCUGACCAGCCAGAAACUUUGGCCUGGCCAAUCACGGAUGUGCCAAGUCGCUUUACAGGCGAGGGACAGAAGCAAAUGAGCUUCAAGUGCAAGCCUGGCAGCUGCUGGGCACGCGAUGUGUGGAACAGAUCGGCCUUCACCAUAAAGUCCGAUUCGCUCCCGAUUUCUUUGGCUCCAUGGGCCAGCGCAUUUUACAUCCUGCACUCUGACAAGCCGGACUUCAAUCAUGAUGGACUCUACGACUGGGAUCCGUUGACAGUUUGA